AUGCUUGUGGGCCUCUUCUGGCAGCAGCGCAUAGCAGCAGACGGCAGCGCUGAGUGGAUUUUUCAAAAGGCCCCCGAAGGCCGCAAAGUGUGCGCAGUGGACUACCGCGUCUUCUGGGGAGGUCUUUUCUUUUUCGUUUUAAUUUGGUUUGUUUUUUUUCUGAAUUGUCUCGCGAGUUUGGACUUGCUGUGGUCUGUGAUGGCGAUUGUGGGUUUGGUUCUUUCAAGCACCAAUUUCGUUGCCUACUACAAAUGCGCUCGCUCCCAGUCGCCAGCGGAGUCAGCGCUCUCGAGCCUGCGUGCUGCCACUUGGCGGCACGCGGUGAUGUCUCGUCUGGGCUUUAGCUAG